AUGAUGCGGCUCGUCUUGCUGGCCAGGAUCCUCCUCCUUCUCUGCCUCGCCGCGUCUCGGACUGCGGCGGCCAAGGCCAAGGGGAAGAAGUCCGACGCCGCGGACGAGCUUUUGUACCUCACCGACAGCACACUCGAAGUAGCACUCGAGGCGCACCCUCUGCUCCUCAUCUCGGUUUCGGUGCCGGGGUGCGGCGUGUGCGACGCCGUGGACAAACGGCUGCGCAAGGCCGCGCCGGAGCUGCGCGUCAAGGCCAAAGCUGCAGUCAAGCUCGGCCAGCUCCGGAUCGACUCUCCAGACAGCCCUGUGUUGGGGCGAAUCGUGCAGGGUGCGCUGUCGCUGCCCAAGCUGAUCGUUUUCCGCGAGGGCGAGGCGCUCGACUACACCGGCGACGACUCCAAGGAGUCCAUCGUCAAGACGAUGCUCGCGCUGGCCUCGCGCGACACGGUGCAGACGCUGCGCUCGGUCAAGCAGGCGCAGAGCCCCAGCUGGCACAACGACACAGCCUCG